AUGGCGAUCCGCCAACGCAAGCCAACGAAUGUUCUCCUCAGCUUCAAGGUGCUUCAUUUUGUCAGCCAGCUUCGUCGACGUGCUAGGCCACGUGUGCAAAGAGGCUCCGACGAUGAUCCCCAGCUUGUCAAUGGGCUCUCUACCAGCCGAAAGGCGCUGAGACGAUUUUCCGAAGGGUUGUCCCGACUUGGGGCCCGCAACGCAACGCAGCCGCAGCAUAUUGCCAAUCGCAUCUGCAAGUGCCGCAAGGACAACCAAAAGCCGUUUAGCCCGACGCUCAGGCUACGUACGUUGGGCUUGGACGGCUUCGAUCGCUCAAACGAAUCUGGGGAGGAGGUGCAACACAUGCUUGGUUCUGUCGACGAGAGGCUCAGUCCUACAGGAGAGACCUUGUCGGCAACCGCGAGCGACAACAAGCUCUUUCUCAAACACGUCAAUACGUCGAUCUUGGACGGUUGCUCCUUGAACGACAUCGUACGAUUACUGGUGACGGCCCACGAUGCCAUUAACACGCUGUCGUACUGCCGUUUGCAGUUUAGUGACAACUGGCUAGCGGCACAAGGCCGAGAUUUUGGACUCAACAUAGACGAGGUUUUUGUUGCAAAUUACGAGCACUUGCUUCUGCGACUUCAAGCCGAGCUCAUUGAAGCACUGGAGCGCAAAGCUCUUGAUGAGCUUCAGCAGGGUGGGCAUGACAAGAAGCAGCAAAGGCUCCUGAGUUGGUUCACAGAAUUCGCCGAGAAGCCACGACCACUCAGCACCUCGUUCCCAUGGACCAUUAAGCCGUCGCUAGCUGUGUUGUGGGGUGUCUGUUGGAUGUUUUACAACUCUUCUGGCACCUCAUCUGCGGGCACCGAAGGUAGCAACGACCGCGUACCAGGAUCUCGUGUGCUCCAGCACCUCGAUGUUCCAUGGGAUGCUCCAGGAUCGUCUGAAUACUUCCGCUUUGGCCUGGAGUUGAUUGGCUUACAGCCACAACCCACAGCGCAGCAGCUAACUGGCGACGAUUUGACAGUGGGGCCUGGGAGUGAUGUGUUCGAAGCACGAAACGCGGAUCACUGGUCGCCCGAAUGGCAACCAUUUGAAUCUAGGCAUCCGAGCCUUACAUAUGCCCAGCUGUCGCCGAUUGGCUCGUGGGCGCCUACAGCACCGCCCAAUAUCCCAGGCCAAAGUACUUAUGCUUGGGCUGCCCAUCAGCAGUACCCCAUAAAUCCCAUUAAUAAUUACUUACCUCAGAAUCCAGGCGCUCUAGCACUCACGGCGUUUGCGCAGCAGCUUAGCCCCAACAGCCUUGACCAGUCUCGGCAGCUUCCGUACUCUUCUUUGCCACAGCAUAGUCCGCGUCAUCUGGCAAACCCUCCCCAGACUCCAAGCAUUCGAGUCACCGGAACAGCGGGAACGGGAGACGAGGCCUUUGCUCCGCCACAUUCGGAUUUCGCGGCCUGGAACUAUAUAUCACCCUCCUCAGGCCCGCCACGAAACAGCAACAGCAGUACAAAUUUCGACUUGUUCAACAUGGGAAACACUUUGCCACCUGUCAACGUACCAUCGAUACAGCUGCCGCAGGAUUACAACAAGCACCAGCGUUCACAUUCAAUGAACUCGAACCCGGAUCUGCCCACUCCGGUUAGUAUGUCAGGACCUCACUCUGCUCUGCCAUCACCCAUUCGUGAGCAGAGAACAACAAUGUCGAGCCCACACGCCCAUGCACGACAACUCUCCGAGGAAGUUUCUUCACAAGAUGAGCAUGACGGAUCGCUGCGGAAGAACAACGCCUAUAAACGUGCCGAGGAGCCACCGCGCAACCAGGAAGCAAAGAUGGUCUGCAAGCACCAAGAAUGUUCUGGUCUCACCUUCGACCGAAAGUGUGAAUGGAGCAAACACAUGGACAAACAUGACCGACCCUACAAGUGUCUCGUCAAGGGAUGUGAGAAACUGCAAGGCUUCACCUACAGCGGUGGUCUCUUGCGCCACGAGCGCGAAGUACACAAGAUGCACGGUGGAACUAAGAAGUCCCUCUUCUGCCCUUUCACGGAUUGCAAGCGUAGCUCUGGCGCUGGCUUCACGCGGAAGGAAAAUCUCGCUGAACACAUCCGUCGCGUACACCGUAGGACGAGCAUGUCAGCCGACAUGCACGGUUUGGUGAUUCGACGUGAAACCUUGGAACGCUCACCAACCGUUGAGAGCCGUCAGGCCUCUGAGUCACCCUAUGUCCGCAACCUCGAGUAUCGUGAAAGCGAGGAGCCUUCGCUCAAGCGGAAACGAGUCACCGACUCCGUCCUGUCUGAUCGCGCUGAUGAGGACCUCCGCGCUGAAAUCAAAAGACUACGACACGAGAACGAGGAGAAGGACGCCCGAUUACGACAGCUCGAGCAGGCUGUGAUGGCGCUGCAGCAGAGUCGCAGGUAA